CUGUGUUAUCGGAUACGCUGUUCUCUCUUUCCCCUUUCGCAAGUAUAACCCUCUGUGUUGGAGAUAGUCUAGCGGAUGAAUUGGGAACAACAGUAUCUAUAGUGCGGAUUAUUUACGGUCCACUACAACCAGUGUUAGUAGAACGUUGAGAUAGCUGUUGUCUUUGAGAGUUUGCAAUUUUGAUGUGGACUUUUCAACAAUUUCUUCAAAGUUAGAACUAGAUACGCCGCAAAGCGAUAGGUUGUUCACGUUGGGACGGCCCACUACUGAAAUAUUGAGCUCUUUGACAUGAUGUUAAGAGGACCACUCAAGAAACUGUAAUCAUGAUACAUCACGUUAAAAGAGCGAAAAGACUUUUACUUCUAUUCCAAAUGUUGGUGAGAAUAAAAGCAGCAGGUAACGACACAACUGAAGACCUGUUUUUGGCGGACGAAGUUAAACAGAACGAGUCAAUAAUCAAUCAAGAAAUUGUCGGCACAACAUCACCUAACCCAGAGGAAACCACUUUACAUUACAUGCGUAAGAAUAUAGGACGUACUUUCCAGACCCACUUCCAUUUUCCAGAAUCCAGAUGGGGACCUUUCUUCGAAGAGGGAUCAGAUCCGCUAAACAUCACGGCUAGGGUGGGUUCCACCCUCAUCAUGGACUGCAGGAUUGGCUUGCUCCAAGACAAAACCGUCACCUGGUCACAUCAUAAGGGGGAAUCAUUUCACCUGCUAACCGUUGGACGUGGCACCUACAGCAGCGAUGAACGGAUUACCCUAAGCUUUCGAUACCCCAAUAAUUUCAGAUUGCAAAUUGUUUACGUCACUCGAAGGGACCAAGGAUUAUACGAGUGUCAAGUGGCCACUCAUCCGCCAAAAGUGAAGAGGAUUUUCUUGACAGUUAUCGCUCCAGAAGUUGUAAUACUGGAUGAAUCGGGAAGAGAAGUAACAGAAAGAUACUACAGGGCUGGAAGUAAUCUGGAACUAAUUUGCUCUGCUCAACAGCUACAGAAUUCUACAUCAUCUUCCGAACCACCUCUAUUGUGGAAGCAUGACGAUAGAAUCCUCACCAAGGGAAUAAGUUAUAACGUAUCUGCAGCUACGAAUUCGGCAACUUCAACUUUGGUGAUAGCUCCUUUGAAGAAACAGCACUCUGGUAACUACACUUGCGCAGUGGGAAACGCGGCUUUUUCCAACCUAGUUGUACAUGUCUUGAAUGGUGAACUACCAGCUGCUGUCCACUCUGGUGGUGCGGUGACAAGAAUAUUCUGCAGAGCAUUUGUCAUACUAGGAAUCUCCUUGCUAACACUUGGCAGAAGGUGACCAAGAUUCCUGACCUGAACCCAGUACUGGAAAUACUAAUCGACCCCAAAAAGUGGCGGAUAUCAUCUUCUCUGUGUUGUUGAAACAUUUCGAAAGAAAACAUAUACCAAACCAAUAUUUUUCGUCAUAAGUUUGCUCUCGAAGUGCCAAAAUUGUUGUAUAUUUCGGUAACACACCUUAUUGUAUACACGUUCUCACAUACAAUUCAAUGUCUAAGAUGUUUUGAUGUCAAUAAUAAGAUGAAAUCGUCAAUGGGUUUCAACUUAAACUUAAUAAUUAUUUAUCCGUCACUCAUAAGUACCAACCAUAUCAGGCCAAGAACUACUAGUCUAUUAGAAUAUAAAACUGAAAACUUGUUAUAUACAUUGUACUUACUUACUCUCAUAUAAACAUAUAUAUUAUAUAGUUAAGUAGCUAGUUCAUACGAUUUGAUGCCAUAAUUUCUGAUUUCACAAUGGUGUUUCUCAUGGACCAGACACUUUUCCAAAGUGUAUUAAAAGUGUAUAUUCGAAUUUAGAACAGAUACGCUUAGAUAAUAUGCUGAAUUGAAUACAUUUGUGCAUGUCAAAGAGAUAAUAAAGAAAAUGUUCAGAAUUCACGAUAUUGGAGAGAGUGUUUUCAUACUGAAUAAAUAUCAUUGAAGAAUUCGAUCAAAUUUUGAAUUUUUCGAUGUAUAUAAAAGAAAUGGAGAUUGGAAUGUAGCGUAAAGAAAUAUAUACUUUUUUAAGGAGUUUUCUUCGACACGCUUAUUGGAAGCUACUGAAGAACUGCUGUAUUUUUCGGGAUAAAAUAUACUAUGAAGUGUUAUAUUCUUUUGUUGUGAUAAAUUAUGAGGCAGUUAUAUAAUAAAAAUUUU